AUGGGUGUAAUCAGCACUGUUCUUGGUUUCACUGGAUUUGGCUUUGGGUUCUCGGCUGGCAUUGUUAUUGGGUACUUCCUCUUCAUCUAUGUCCAGCCAGCUGAUGUCAAGGAUGUCAAAGUUUGCCCGCUUGUGGAAUAUGAUUCAAAAUCUUUGGAGGGCAUCCUUCCUGAAAUUCCAUUGUGGGUCAAGAAUCCCGACUAUGAUAGAAUUGAUUGGCUGAACAGGUUUUUGGAAUUGAUGUGGCCUUAUCUUGACAAGGCUAUCUGCAGAACUGCACAGGAUAUCGCAAAGCCAAUUAUUGCUGAGAAUACUGCAAAGUAUAAGAUAGACUCUGUUGAGUUUGAAACACUUACUUUGGGUAGUCUACCACCCACCUUUCAAGGGAUGAAAGUCUAUGUCACAGAGGAGCAAGAGCUGAUAAUGGAACCAUGUCUUAAAUGGGCUGCAAAUCCAAAUGUCACUGUUGUUAUAAAAGCUUAUGGUUUGAAAGCUACUGUCCAGAUUGUUGAUCUACAAGUCUUUGCAUUACCUCGUAUUACUCUGAAGCCAUUAGUGCCUACAUUUCCUUGCUUUGCAAAAAUCCUUGUCUCGCUCAUGGAGAAGCCACAUGUUGACUUUGGGCUAAAAAUUCUUGGAGCUGAUGUAAUGGCUAUUCCUGGUCUUUACAGAUUUGUUCAGGUCGUUAGAGCCCAAAAUUUGCGAAAGAAGGAUCUGCUGGGUAAAUCAGACCCAUAUGUGAAACUUAAAAUGUCAGAUGAUAAGCUUCCAUCCAAGAAGACUACUGUAAAGCGCAGCAAUCUCAAUCCAGAGUGGAAUGAAGAUUUUAAGUUUGUUGUGACUGAUCCAGAAAACCAGGCUCUUGAAGUUGGGAAACAUGAAAAGAUGGGAAUGAACAUGGUCCUACUGAAAGACCUCCCACCUGAGGAGACUAAAGUUACUACCCUCAACUUGCUUAAGACCAUGGAUCCAAAUGAUGUACAAAAUGAGAAGUCUCGUGGCCAGCUUACUCUAGAGCUCACAUACAAGCCUUUCAAGGAAGAAGAUGGGGAGUUAGAAGAUCCAGAGGGUACCAAUGUGAUAGAAAAAGCUCCAGAUGGUACUCCAGCUGGUGGUGGAUUGCUUUAUGUUAUUGUUCAUGAAGCCAAAGAUCUUGAGGGGAAGCACCAUACAAACCCCUAUGCAAAAAUAAUUUUCAAAGGCGAAGAGAAGAAAACAAAGGUCAUCAAGAAGAAUAGGGAUCCACGAUGGGAGGAUGAAUUCGAGUUUGUGUGUGAGGAGCCUCCUGUAAAUGAUAAACUACAUGUUGAAGUCCUAAGUAAAGCCCCGAAGAAAGGGCUGAUAUAUGGCAAGGAAACUUUGGGCUACAUUGAUGUCAGCCUCGCAGACGUGAUCAGUAACAAGAGAAUUAAUGAGAAGUACCAUCUCAUAGACUCAAAAAAUGGUCAGAUACAAAUUGAGUUGCAGUGGAGAACUUCCUAG